CAGAUAAGAGACAUAAUAAUAAUAACGAUCCCUAAUAAUAAACAUGUGGGAUGAUGUUACUGUACAACAAUCCGCAAAUAAAAAUUAAUCAAAACAUAAUCUUUGUAUGGUUCAGCUCUUGUUAGAGAUCGCAGUUACAUCUAAUUUGCUGUUAAUCAAACACGAUGAGAAAACAAUGCCAAAAACAUGUACAACAUGAUAUCUGCCUUUGGCUUUUAAAAAUAUUAGCUGGGGUUUUAAAGAGAAAUAACGUCAAUCUGACUUCUUAGCGUCAUUUUGGCCAACAUCACAGAUAUAAUAAUAAUAUAUAGAUAGAUCUAUGUGUGAUUAUUUUGUGCAGAACACAAUCAAAAGAGUCUAUCAAUCGUCGGAACGGAGUUUACAAAAAGAACAGAAGAAAUCGAAUCUGACUGGCUUUACCGAUCCUCUCACCUCUCCACUCUCCUCCCUCUCUCUCACUGACUGACUUGAUGAUUCUGACAACACAAACACUGACGAGCUUUUUCACUUGCGUUUCACAAACUGUUCGAUCUAUGAGAGGAAAAACAAAAACAUGACUGAAUGAAUGUGUCUAAGGCUCAGCAGUAGAUCUAGAUCUAGAUCUAUAUCUAGUAGAUAUCUAGAUCUAGAUCUAGAUUCCAGAUCUCUACCAAUGUUAAAGGCAGGUAGCGGACUGUCGUAAAUUAUUGGACAUAAAAGUCAUCCUGUGAUGUCACUACAAUAGUAGACCCAGUCACAUCGGACAAGGCCAAGAAGGCUAGAUCUAAAUCCUAGAUCUAGGCCUACUUAAAAUCGUGCCACUUUGUGUACCAUUGAAUUGUCUUGAUUAUCACUGUCAGUCGUGUCAGUAUUUACAAUUUACAAUUGUCAAUCAGUAUGAAGAGAAAUUCGUCAGAUCACCACCAGCAGCCCCCAUCGAAGGUUCUGUGUGUUUCUGAAAGUGGUGACAGCCAAAGCCCUCUGCCCUCCUCUUCUAGUUCAACAGUUGUGUCCUCAUGCCCUGACAGUCGGGGCACUGAAGCAGCUAGCAAUGCCACCGUCAUCUCUACCAGCAGGAGUUCUACAUGUGUUGGAGCUGCCAGUGCCUCACUGACCGUGAUAAGGGAUUUGCACAGCCGAUUUACGUCUGUGUUGGAGAGGAGCACUCAACCUGCACCUCGGAUAGGCCACCUUGGGGAACAUGGAAGGACGCGAAGCAUUUCUGCUUCUGAGAUAAACACAAGAACAGGUCUUGGCCUGAAUCGACAAGAUAUCCCCCUAGGCUUUAGAAGUUCUGGGGCCUCAUCGGCAUUUCAGAGACGUGGUGUUCCUCACCAAAACGCAAGUGGGAGCCAGCAGGGUACCAAUAACAGCAGUUUACUGGGAUCUGCCGCCCAAUUCCAACCAGUUACUGAGACCGGGGGCUCACCAGAGAAUCUUCUCUCAAGCUCUCGAAGAACCUACUCUCCCACUACUUCUAUACUGUCAGGGAGGGUGAACCCUCUCUUUCACGACGCAAAUCAAAAUAGUGAUGACUUGUGGCCGCUUGCCUCUUCAGCUCCAGGCAUUCCCUCUUUGAUCAACUUUAGCCAUCCGAUAUUGACAGCUAGGAGACACGGCCAUGCCAGGUCUAUGCUCAACAUUAGUCCCACAUUUUAUCCUCGGAGUCAUCCCUCGGGGGAAGUGGGUAGUUCGAUGCAAACGGAAAGCAGCGACAACUUAUCAAGGGAGCGAACUCCGUCUGGUAGUACCAUCUCUAGUUUAGGUGGGAAUUUCCACCCAAGCGCCACACCAUCUUUAAAUUCAACCGUGUACGAAACGCGUUCUGGUAAUUUGUUCCGAAACAUUGCCUCUCAUGCUCAGUCAUCUGGAGCAUCCUCGGCAUCGGUGACUUAUGGCUCCGCCUCCUCUGGCAGGUUUCCUGUCAGGCGUCCUGAUGGCUCUCAUCUUGUUCCUCGCCGCAAGUCUCACUCGGAGUCUAUGGCAACCAGGUUUGUGGGCAUCGAAGGGUCGUCUGCCAGGAGCCGGGGUCUGGCAGCGUUUUCUGAACUGAGCUCUGGUUAUCAACCGUCAUCACUUCAGUUACAGCCACUUGCUUCUGGAGCGUCCGCUACCACAGAUGCUUCAGAUUCUCCUUCCUCUUCCUCCUCUUCCUCCUCACUCACCUCCUCCUCCUCAUCCUCUUCUGCGUCUUCUUCCACUCCCGUCACUACCUCCACCACCACGCCUUCUGCGGCCACCUCCUCCUCUUCCUCCUCUUCCAUCGUCAACUGGCUGGGGAAUUUGUCCAGCAUAGGACAACAUGCCAACGCAGCGACAAGUGUGCGAAGACCCGGGGAACGGUCAGCCACUCAAACACGAAGGAGUGACCAAUCGUGGGUCGCCGCUGUGGCAGCAGCUGCAGACCAAGACUCGGUUACUGGUGGACUUUUGUCAGGAUCUCUGGCCAAUUUUCCUACAGGAUCGUCGUCAUCGAGCUCAUUGAACGGUGCAGGAGGCUCCAGUCGGUCGCUGCUGCCUCUGGGUCUGGUGCAUGACUCUCGCCUGCCGCCCUGGUGGCACAGCACGGUGGAGGCGGCCAGCAAGUACCAGCCCAGGUCCUCGCACGCCGAGAAUGGCAAGGCCCGCUCGCCCCCCUUGUCCAUGACGGAAGAUGGGAAAACUGUGCCUGCGGAAAGCAAAAGGAAGGAUUACAAAGCUUUGGUUAAAAAAGCUGGUCCCUAUAUUCUUGGGCCUCGUAUCGGGUCAUCUCCUGUGCGCAGUAUUGUUCAGUGUUUGGCCCGCAAAGAAGGUUCUGAUAAGUUUUUCAUUAUCAAGAUUCUGACUCUGGCUGAGCCGCUGAAGGAGACGAUGGACGACGGUCAAGGCAAGAUGUUGAUGCUCACAGAGUUCUCCUUGCUCUCCCAGCUGAAGGACAUGAGGGGUGUGGUGCACUGCAGGGACUUUUUCAAAGACAAGGCCUGGGAUUCUAAGAGCCAGUGUGAAAUUCAGCGGUUGUGUCUUGUGGUCGACUGUCUGAUGCCGCAUGAUUACGAUGCUGAUUCACAUUUUCUCAUCAACCUUCAACACCACGUCAUCCAAGAGAAGAAGCUGGGAGAGAAAGAAGCCCUGAUUAUUUUCUGGGACAUUGCUCGAAUUGUGGAACAGCUGCACAAGAGGAAUAUUGUUCACCGUGACCUGAAGCUGGGCAACAUGAUAGUGGACCGUCGCACAUGGAGAGUGACCAUCACCAACUUCUGCCUGGGCAAACACCUGAGCUCAGAGAAGGACAAACUGAGAGACCAGAGGGGCAGCCCAGCCUACAUCAGCCCUGAUGUGCUCAGUGGCAAACCGUACUACGGCAAACCCAGUGACAUUUGGGCGCUUGGUGUGGUUCUCUUCACCAUGCUCUAUGGACAGUUCCCAUUCUACGACUGCAUGCCCCAGGAACUGUUUCGCAAGAUCAAGUCUGCAGAGUUUACCAUUCCAAACGACGGCCGUGUGACUGAGGACACCAAGCAGCUGAUCCACCGUCUGCUCACUCUGGACUCUCAGACUCGCAUGACAGCCAGCCAGGUCGUGGAUGACCUUGAGACCACCAUCGGCAAAUGGAAAGCCAUGAUGACCUGUGAGACUGACCAAGUGGUGCCCAGCGUGCCUAUUGACAGAAGCAGGGAAGUGGCCGACGACGCAGCGUACAUGAAGGGAGAGCUGCCAGAGGGCAGCAGUGGCAGCAGUGUUGACUGCUCUGUGCCCUCGGGCGCCCAGGCCCAGCCCUCUACUUCCUCCACCACCUCCGCUGGCUCUAGCCGCCAGCUCAUGAUCAAGCUGAUGUCCGAUGCCAGGCCGAUGUCGCCCGCCGAGAUACGGGCCAUACGACAUCUGUUUACGGGGCGCUCGGGAGAACAGAGGUGACCUCUUCCUGGAUGUUGGAUUCUUUCAUUUGUGUCAUGAUGCGGUGGAAUCAGGUGUUCUUUCGAUUUUUAGGCAUUUGGAGUUACUGGUAUCGUCUUGAAGUUUGCUCAUUUGUUUUGCUCAUGGUAAAAAAACAACAUUUAUCGGAGGUAAAAUUAGCGAGAAAAUGACUAUCAAAGUUUGGUUACUUCCAAAGCUUGAGUGUUCUUGGAAACUGCAAAUUUACAUUUUUUGUGCCUUCCAUUAUCAUUAUUCAGUAAAAUCCUCAUAGAAAUGCCUUCUUAAAUGGAUACAAGGUGUUGAUUAUAAAAAAAAUCAAUAAAAAUUGCCUAAUGGGCGGAAGUAUA